AUGUCUGACUCUACAGACAAUAUUGAUCAUGAAAAAUCAUUUUCAUCAACAUCGGAUAAUUCAAUAUCUUUUAAACAAAAAACUGAAGAUAUUUUACAUUCAAUUGGAUUUCGUGCAAUGAUAUUUUUUCAAAUAUUAGCAUAUGGAUCAUAUUCUGUAUUAGUACAUUUAUGUGAAAAAGAUGGUGCUGUUGCAUUUUCAUCAACAACAAUGAAUUUUAUUCUUGAAUUUGUUAAAUUAAUCUUUUCAUUUUGUGCUUUAUUUUAUUUUACAUCUAUUAAUAUAAAUAUUUAUCCAAGUAAAAUACAAAUUAUAUCUUGGUUUAGACAAUCAUUACCAUAUUCAAUACCAGGCAUUCUAUAUUUUAUUAAUAAUAAUUUAGCUGUACAUAUGCAAGUUCAAAUGGAUCCAGCAUCAUAUCAAAUUUUAUCAAAUUUUAAAAUAUUAACAACAGCUAUUUUAUAUAGACUUAUUAUUAAACAUAAGCUAACAAGACAACAAUGGUUUGCACUUUCAUUACUGUUUUUUGGUGGAUUGGCUUACAGUUUUGGUAUUUACUGUUUUUUAUUUUUGAAUGUUUAA